ACAUUCUCCGUAACAUUGACGGCCAUAGAAGACUCGAAGAAGUUCCUCGGAUCACUUCUUCCGUGGCUGGCUCCCUUUAGGUUAUGCCGUUUCCCCUCCAGGUUGUCUUAGACUACAAUUCCAAGGGAUUCAUAAUACUUAGGAUAUGGAGCAAAUGUUCCUCUGGUCAAAUUGCUGCAUGCAUCGAGUUUUGUCAUUCCAGGAAGUGCUUGAUUGGCGGUUUCUCAGCGGCAGAGUUUUUCUUGUUUCUUUUGUCAAUUGCACUUAGUCAGGAGAUUUCUUUAAAUAAUAUGCACAAGAGGCCAAAUGCAAGUUCAUUAUUUUAUUAAGUGUGAGAAGCAGCACCCUUCCCUUCGUUAUUAUGUCAUUUGCGACUCAAUUUUAUCAUCUUGCAAUUCAUUAUUGCCACUGCUUUCCUAAUACAACAACCAUUUGAGAUCUUUUCAAGUUUUUCAUGUGAGGAAUAAAAUUCUCUGAGAGAAUCAAUGAGGUUAUUUAAUAUCACAAAGACUCAGAGUGCCUACAAAUUUGCUUAAUGUCAUAGCUUCUUAGAGAUCUGAAUUGCUUGGAGUAUUCAGUUCACUCGGCUGAAGAAUCUACAUCAGCAGUGCCUAGUAUAAAUGAGAGGUUGUUUUGUUGUUUGAGAAGUCUCAAUACAACGUGCAAUGAGCUGACAAUCAAACCUGUUUUCUUGGGCUGCAUUAUGUUUCAGCUAGGUUGUGAGUGAUAUCAUGAUGCUUAACAGUCGUACUCCUUGCGGUACCUUGUUUCCGCCUCCUUGUGUUCCCGGUCUCUGUUAUGAGUUAUUUGAUGUGGAAACUAUUAUGGUUGUAAAGCUCCUCCAUAAUCCUGCUGGUUUUAUGUGGAAGAGUAUACAAACUUAACAGUGAAUUUUCUGAAACCAGCUAGGCCAGUAGUUAUUUAUAUCUGUUGUCUUCUCCAAACAUCUAUUAAAGAAAGAAAUACAUACACUAUUUGUGUGUUCUCUCUCUUUCCAAUCUCCACCAACUGUACUGUGCGUUGGUCAAUAAAAAUGGAAAGGUAUAAAAUAAUUACUGAAGUUGGUAAUGGUACUUUUGGGCGUGUGUGGCGUGCCCUAAAUACUCAAACUGGUGAAAUGGUAGCAAUUAAAAGGAUGAAAAAGAAGUAUUAUUCAUGGGAAGAAUGUAUGAACUUAAGAGAAGUUAAGUCUUUGAGGAGAAUGAACCAUCCUAAUAUUGUGAAGCUAAAGGAAGUGAUCAGGGAAAAUGACACUUUAUUUUUUGUGUUUGAAUACAUGGAGUGCAAUCUAUAUGAACUUAUGAAAGACAGAGGGAAGCUUUUCUCAGAAACUCAAGUGAAAAAAUGGUGCUUCCAAGUAUUUCAAGGUCUUGCAUAUAUGCAUCAACAGGGAUAUUUUCAUCGCGACCUUAAGCCUGAGAACUUGUUGGUGUCGAAGGAUGUCAUUAAAAUAGCUGAUUUUGGUCUUGCUCGUGAGGUCAAUUCUGAACCACCGUAUACCGAAUAUGUUUCCACACGCUGGUAUCGUGCUCCCGAAGUUCUUCUCCAGUCUCCAACUUAUGGGUCUGCUGUUGAUAUGUGGGCAAUGGGUGCAAUAAUGGCCGAAAUGUUCACUCUUCGCCCUCUAUUUCCAGGCUUGAAUGAAGCAGAUGAAAUUCAGAAAAUAUGCAAUGUAAUGGGAACCCCAACAAAUACAGAAUGGUCAGAUGGUCUUGAGCUUGCAAAUGGUGUUGGAUAUCAGUUCCCAAAGGUUGUAGGUGUACAUCUCUCAGUGCCAAUUCCUUCUGCUAGUGAGGAUGCAAUCAAUCUUAUUACUUCACUUUGUUCAUGGGAUCCUAGCAAGAGGCCCACAGCUGUGGAAGUUCUUCAGCAUCGUUUCUUUGAGAGUUGCUUCUCUGUUCCACCAUCUAUACGCGCUAAAGCAUACCCCCCAAGAGCACCUAAUGCUGCAGUAGGGCGCUAUACCCCUGGUUUCGCUACAUCUGGUGUGAAGCCCACAUUGGAACAAAAACCCAAGAGGUGGUCCUCAGCCACUAUAUCAUCCAAUUCAACUCCCACUGGUGACCUCUGUGCUGUUAGAUCACAUCUGCCCUUGAGCACAGGUGCUCAAAGGAAGUUGGAGAUGAACUGUCAAAAUCCAACAAAGAUGGUUAAGCCCCCUGCAGAAUCAAUGAAGCAACAACAGCCGAAAUAUCGACCCUCAGCAAUGAAAGUUCCAACGGAAAAUCCCAGGGGAUGGUCAAAUGCAAGCGUGAAGCAUUCAAAUACGAGCUUUGGUUCAGCCAGACCUGCUUUGAAGCAGCAGCAGUUUCCUCAGCCUAUGAAGGCUGGGGGCUGGCAGGGUAACCCUGCCAUGUUCCCCAACUCUAAUGAUGUUCUUCCUGGAAGAACUUACCCCAGGAAAGUGGCGGGAUGAAGAUUGUCUCUAUAUUAGCUGAGGUUUUUCCCUUUUCCCUUUUGGUGCGAAUUAUGUGAUUGCGAUUUGUGGAUGUGUUGGGUAUUCGACGCUACAUGUUUUUCAUUUACUAGUUUUUACUGACAAUGUGGUUGUUCUAUGUCUACCAUGGCGCACUUAAUAUGGAGAAAUAAAUUCCUGCCUCGUUC